UAUCAAAAUAAAAAAAAAAUUUAAAAAAAAUCGAACGAGUGUGUUUGAAUUGGAUCGCAAAGAACGAGAGGAAAAAUUUUUUUAAAGUAUUUGAAUGAUGGAUAAAGAGGAAAUUGGCGAUUUAACAAAGAUAGAUGAUGAUAUAUGUAAGUGUUUUAAAGAGGAAGAUUUAAUUUCUUUCAUCCCGAAAUAUCAUCCUCAAGUACAGAAACGGAUCCAGCAUCUUCGUAAAUUACAACUGGAAUAUAUCCAAGAAGAAAUGAAUUAUUAUAACGAAAUUCAUAACUUAGAAGUUAAAUACGCUCGAUUGUUUGCUCCGAUAUUUAAGAAGAGGCAAGAGAUCAUUAAUGGAAUUGUAGAAGUAUCGGAAGAAGGAGAAAGUCGCACCUACGACACAGAAAAAACAGUUCGGGAUAAAGAAGAAAUUGAGAUUGCACCGUGCGAAAUGUGCGGACAUAAAUCUAUUAAAGGUGUUCCAUAUUUCUGGUUAGUUGUAUUAACAAAUUCGAGCUUAAGAAGAAUGAUCAGCCUUCGAGAUGAACCGAUUCUCAAGCAUCUGAAAGACAUCAAGCUGAAUCACAUCUCCGAAUCCUCAAGAGAUUAUGUCUUGGAAUUCCAUUUUGAACCGAACGAAUACUUCAAUAACGCCGUUCUAACUAAAGAAUAUUCAGUAACGUGCGAUUUUGAUCCGAAAAAUCCGUAUUGCUACGAAGGUCCCAGUUACGUUAAGAGUAAAGGAUGCUUCAUAGAUUGGAAGGAAGGGAAGGAUAUUACGUUGAAAGUAUUUAGAGGAAACGAAGGUUCAUCAGAAGCUGAUUGCUAUAGAAGUGUAGCGACGGAAUCAUUUUUUAAUUUCUUUAAAGAUCUACCCGAAUUAAAUGAAAAUCAACGCGAUGACGAGAAGCAAUUGCUUUUAUUUGAUUACGAGAUUGGCGAAUAUAUUAAGGGUAGAAUUAUACCCAAAGCUAUACUUUAUUAUACUGAAGAAAUUAAUGACGAUUAUGGUGAUUCCGACACCGAAUGCGGAUUUAUAGGGUCGCAUUCGAGCAUUAGCGAUGAUCUGGAUGAUGAUAAUGAUCCAUAAUUAACAUUUCUUAAAAAUCAUAAAUGCUUUUUUUCAUUUAAAAUUUUUGUUUCUAUUUUUCAGAUUACUUUAAUUAUUCAAAUUUAAUUUCGUUUAUGCGUAAGUUAGCAUUGAAAAUUCUUGUAGUGAAUAUUAAUUAAUAAAUAAAUAGCUUGAGU